AUGAUCGAGCGACCAGAGACUGCGGUUCCCAGCAUCGCUCAGCGGAACCUGGAGGGCUAUGUGGGCUUCGCCAAUCUCCCCAACCAGGUGUAUCGGAAGUCUGUCAAAAGAGGCUUUGAGUUUACUUUAAUGGUUGUCGGUGAGUCUGGUCUUGGGAAGUCGACACUCAUCAACUCUCUGUUUCUGACUGACCUAUACUCCAAGGACUACCCGGGGCCCUCCCAGCGCAUUAAGAAGACUGUGCAGGUGGAGCAGUCGAAAGUGCUGAUUAAGGAAGGAGGGGUCCAGUUGACGCUCACCAUUGUCGAUACUCCAGGGUUUGGUGAUGCUGUGGACAACAGCAACUGUUGGCAGCCAGUCAUAAACUACAUUGACAGUAAGUGCGAGGACUUCCUGAAUGCAGAGUCGAGAGUGAACCGCAGAUCCAUGCCAGACAACAGAGUCCACUGCUGCCUGUACUUCAUAGCGCCCUCUGGACACGGCCUGAAGCCACUGGACAUUGAGUUCAUGAAGAGACUCCAUGACAAAGUCAACGUCAUCCCGCUUAUUGCAAAAGCUGACACUCUGACCCCAGAGGAGUGCCAGCUUUUUAAAAAACAGAUAAUGAAAGAGAUACAGGAACACAAAAUAAAAAUUUAUGAAUUCCCAGACACGGAGGACGACGAGGACAACAAGCUCAUCCGAAAGAUUAAGGAAAAGAUGCCGCUGGCCGUGGUCGGAAGCAACGUGGUAAUCGAGGUGAACGGCAAGAAGGUCAGAGGUCGCCAGUACCCAUGGGGCGUGGCGGAAGUGGAGAAUGGGGAACACUGCGACUUCACUGUGCUACGCAACAUGCUGAUCAGGACUCAUAUGCAGGAUUUAAAGGACGUCACCAACAAUGUCCACUACGAGAAUUACCGCAGUAAGAAACUGGCUGCCGUCACCUGUAAUGGAGUGGACAAUACCAAGACCAAGGGACAGCUCACUAAGAGUCCCCUGGCACAGAUGGAGGAGGAGCGCAGGGAGCACGUGAUGAAAAUGAAGAAGAUGGAGGCCGAAAUGGAGCAGGUCUUUGAAAUGAAGGUUAAGGAGAAGAAGCAGAAACUGAAGGACUCAGAGGCUGAGCUGGAGCGACGCCACGAACAGAUGAAGAGGAACUUGGAGGCGCAGUACAAAGAGCUGGAGGAGAAGAGACGGGUGUACGAGGACGAGAAGGCCAACUGGGAGGCUCAGCAGAGAAUCCUCGAGCAGCAGAAACUGGACGCCUCCAAGACGAUGGAAAAGAACAAGAAGAAAGGAAAGAUCUUUUGAAGAGACACGACUUGUUUCUUCACCUUUUUUUUUAAUCCCCUUUUGAAGUUGGCAUUUACUGUGGCCCUCCGAACAUACACACAAAAACAACAGAUAUAACACUCAGCACAUUCCACAACGUACCUCUGGGUUACAUUUAACAUGCACCACGUGUGACAUGGAUGCCAUUUCCCUUCACACACACACACACACACACACACACACACACACACACAAAACAAGCCCAUAACAUGCAAAGGCCCACAUGCUCGUCUCUCUGCAGGGUUUUACCAUUUUAUCUGUUGAAACCUUUUAAUUUUCAUGGGGAAUGCAUGUUUUUGUGAAAUUCUAUUUUCCUAUAUUUCCUGACAAAGAGGAGAAGCUCGAGUUCCUCUGAGCUACAAUACGGAGUUAACACAUGGCAGGGACCAUGCAUAGCCAUUUGUACACAUGUAGUGUAUGUAGUGUAGUAUGUUCUCUAGAUAUUCCAUAGAUCUGCAGAUAGACGUACUAUCCCUCUUUUAUUUUUCUCAAAAACUUAACACAGGUGUGUACAC